AUGGCGAAUAAGAGCGGUAAUAGUGAUAUUACAGAGAGAAAGAUUAGACCAGUCUAUGAGGCUAUUGAUAAUGGAAAUUAUAAAAAGGCUGUGCAAAUGGCAGAAAAAUUAUUGUCAAGUAAACAAAAGCAACCGCAGUUGAUGCAAAUGGCUCACGUUGCCAAAGGUGUUGCAUUAUUUCGAUCUGGUAAACUGUCUGAUGCUCUAGAAGAAGUCAGCCAAGUUACUACCGAAGUAAUAGUCGAUGAAAUGGUUAUUCAAGGCUUGAUAGUAUUCUAUAAGGAUGCUAAACCGGAUGAAAUACCUAAAAUACUGGAAAAAGCUGUAGCUGUAUCGAAAGGUUCAGAGCGUUUAGAAUUUAUGAACAAAUUGUUUCUGGCUUAUGCAAGAACUGAAGACUACAAGAAGCAACAGCAAGCAGCAAUGAAUCUCUAUAGAUCGGACGGAAAAAGAUCCACUUACUGGUGGGCUGUAUUUAGCAACGUUUUGCAGGCUUACUAUAGCACCGACAAGAAUUUAAGCAAAAAGAUGUUCCUACCGUUAGCAGAAAAAAUGAUGCAAAAAAUGAUUGGCGACGGUGGAUUACAUACAGAAGCUGAAAUUCUGUUAUACGUAAUGAUUCUUCGCAUGAGUGAUAAGAUAUCUGAAGCACUGAAAGUAGUGCAUUGUCAAGUACCAGAAAUUGAAGGAGAUUUGUUAAUUCACCGUGACUUUUUGAAAAUAGAAAUGCUGCAGGAGGCUAAUUCUCAUGCAGAGUUAAACUCUUGUUUAAAGGCAUACUUGAGGAAGAGAUGCGAUGAUUGGCGUAAUUUCAAUCUCUAUCUUGACUCUGUAUUUAAUUUGAUUGAUAUGGAGUGGAAGCCUAAGGAUAACAAUGAAGCUGAGAUUAUGCCUGAUUAUACUAUCGAUAUGGCUACGGAAUUUAUUUGCAGUUUAUUAGAAAAUGGAGGUAGUUCUGGUGCUAACUGCAGUCGAGGUCCUUACUUAGCACAGAUGGAGAUCAAGAAGCGUCACAAGAUGCGCACUCAGGGCAAGGAAGUUCAGUCGUGCGGUAAUGCUGAAUGUAAUAUUUGUUUAGUGUUAAUGUUGCAUACUCAAACUAUGUACAUCCCUGAAACAUUUAACACGCUACUGAAGGAAUAUUUUGCAAGAUUCGGUAAUAAAGGUUGUUGUUUUCAGGAAAUGACAUUGCAUUUUGAUCAAGCAGAAAGUCAAGAAGAGCUAAUUAGUAGCUUGGAAGAAACGUUACGAGCGAAUGAAUCAAGUUACAUAGAUUUGAUAAUAGACGGCAAAAACUCCGAUCUAAAGCCUUCGCAUGUUUGCAAUAGAUUCAUAUGUGUUGCAACGUUGAAGAAUUAUGCCGGCUGUUAUCGUAAUUUAUCUUUUAAUGAAAAAUUGAAGACAGCUCAACAGCUAAUAGGAUAUCAUGGAAAAGGCUUAAGUUUAGGUAAAGAGCUAAAGUCCUCCGAAUUACAGUAUACUGAUGAUUUCUGUGUACUUGCUUGUCAUUUGCUGUUGGAUUUAAGUAAAGACACCGAUGACGGAAACGACAUCUGGCACAUAAUACUGGUAUUAGAAUCAGCCUUAAAAGCCAGUCCUCAUAACCCGCAAAUGCGGAUAAUACUAAUUAUUUUGUAUUGUAAAAUUGGAGCGUUUGAACCUGCUCACAAGAUUUUUAAUAAUUUAUCCAUAAAAUAUAUUCAACAUGAUACACUAGGGUACCUCAUGACGUCUAACGCACAUCGCCUUGGACAUUUUAAGACUGCACGCAGUAUUUACGAAGCUGAAGAAAAAUUUUUUUUAGUUAGUCGUAGAGAAUGUGUAGACCAAAAAUUGCAGGCCUAUAAAUAUGGAAAUUUUACUAAGAUAACUGAAUUCAUCGAUUUCGAAAAAAGGUUACAGAAUUCUUUGCAGCUAUGGACUAUGAAAUAUUACAAAUUUUAUUUAGAUGUGAUCCAUAAAAGUAGCAGCUGUGAUGAAGCGCUUUCCUUUCUAAAAUAUCCCCCGAAUGGUGAUAUUCUAUUAAGCGAAAAUUUCUUAAAUCAGCUUAUCGAUGGUAGAGAUGUUAGAAUUAUUAGACUUUGGGAUAAAUUGGAACCAAAUCGAUUACAAAGUGAAGCAGAUUGGUCGAUGCAGCUAGAGAUACUUCAUUUAAAGUACCUUUCAGUUAAUUUACAACUCCUGGGUGAUGUAAUUGAGUUAAGCCAGAAAGUAUCCAAUGAUUCUGAUGCUCAAAGCGUUGUAUCUCAUUUAAGAACAUCUUUAACGAAUUUUAUUGAUGAAUCAAAGACUUUAUACCAGAGAGUAGUUGAUCAUCCAGGUUUUAAAUGUUUGUGGAGAUGGCAUGGUCCACCUCAAACACGUUGGAAUUCUAUCAUUGAUGGAGGAUUGGACAGACUCCUAUUGGAUAUAGCGUCUGUUCUUUUGAAGCUGAUCUGCCCUUCUAAAGUUGUAUUUAUGGAUCGAACUUUAAUAGAAGAUUUAAACUUUUUUCUUUAUAAAGAGACGAACGAAAACGUAGGAGUGGAAAUUAGUAAAAUUGGUCAGACAUUCGCCGAUGGAUUGCAAAGGUAUAACUUAUGCAAUGAAAAUGCCAAAUGUUUCAAUGGUCAUAAUCUUGAACCUAACGUGCUGUUAGUGGAGCUUGCAAUUGAUUUAGAAAAUUUCAAGUUAUUGAUUACUUCAGUUCAAUCGGCUUGUGACGAUGUUGUACAAAAUUUGGUCACAAUUAAAGAUAAUUUCUUGGUACAAAAUCUUGGUCAUUUGAAAAUUUCGUUCAAUUUACAGACUAAAGAACAGGCGUUAGAAGAAAAUUCCGAUUUGUCUGACUUGUGGCUGAAGACUUAUAAAUCGAAUGAAUCUGAUAUGCUGAAAAAUGUCCGUGAUAGUUAUCAAGUAUCUAUACAGGAAUUAUUAUCCGUGGCUAAAUUAAAGCAUAAUAUCGCUAAAACAUUAUCCUUAUAA